GGGAAGUCUAAGGGCAGUGGUAUAAGUUAACAUUCCUCCACAUCGACGUUCAAAUAGGCUACAGGUUGUUCCUUCGUGGCUAUGGAGUUGAGCAAACAGUUCCUCAGAACCAACAAACCAAGGCUCGUGGAAUAUUUGCGAGUAAACAGUAAUCUGACAUUACAAGGUGUCCAUGCCAAAGGAAUUCUAACUGACCGCGAGUAUGGAGCUCUACGGGAUAUUGCCGACCAUGAUAAACUUAAUCAGUCUAUUAUUGACAACGUGUACGACAAGGGUGAUAAAACGUGCGCCAAAUUUCUUCACAUGCUAAAGGAUGAUGCGGAAAUACAGGAGACCGUUCCUCAACUCGGCAAAUUAUUGAGUUCUUGGCGAGAAACACCAGGUGAAAAUGUGUCACAUGCUUCAGGGGGUGGACGUGGCAAUGUCACCGGAGGAAUAUCAGGUGCAUGUGCCUCAGAUGAUGCCAGCGCCAAGAUACCAGACAAACUUGAUUUCUUCCAGAAGAGCUUGUGUCGUCUUAACAAUGGUGUGACAGAGAUCAACAGCAUUCUGGAUUAUCUGGGGGAGCGGAAAUUUAGCAAGGAGAGUACUGCUCUAGUCAACGCACAACCGACACAACAAGCCCAGAUGAGGAAGAUUAUAAAUUUAAUUACAACCAAGAAGCUCGCCGGGCAUCUCUUUGAUGCACUGGUGAAAUAUCAGGAGGAUUUAAUGGAGGAACUGGUUGAGGAAUACCUGAAUAAGAAUAAUGACAAUUAAUGAAAUGUUUAAUUAAGUGAAUGUAAGCAAAACAUUCACUUGGGAUAUGUUUUAAGGGCCUACUUUGUAAUAACUUUGGUGCUAAUAAUGGCAAUUCCUUGUCCUUUUUAACGAUUGUUUUCAAGUGGGCUAUUUCUUUGACUUCAAGUAAAACAUUUGUAUGUACAUGAAUACCAUUUUUAUGGACAAUUCUGAACUUAAUUACUUUCGUGAUGUUGAACUGUGAAUGUGGAUGCCAUAAUUCCACUUCUCAUGUCUGGUAAAUGAGUUGAGGUGAAUCUUUCAUAUAUAGGACCUUUGCUGAAAUCAAGUCAAUCUUUAUGAAACCUGUCACUGAAUGUGUAAUCAAACAAGCCACAGGGGCUAACCUUGACCAAAUGAAUCGUUUACUCUGUUAUAAGUUCAUUAC